CGCACCGGGGCGCGGGGGCCGCGGCUCGCCCAUGGCCGAGGGCCGGCGGCGGGAGGACGAGGAGGAGGAGCUGCGCGAGCGCCGCGAGCUCGGGGGGCCGCGCCGGGCUCGGGGCCGGGCCAUCUCCAGCCACCCGGCCGCAGAUCGCAACGAACGAAAUAAACCAGAGCAUCGUUCUUCAAGCCAAGGACCUUUGUCAUCCAUCAGAGCAGUGAUCAAGAGAUCUUCUCGGACUUCUAUUCAGAGUGAACUUCAUCGAGAUAGGAGGCGCCCAGAGAUCACCAUUGUGGCUGCGGAGCCUUUGAGACCAGCAUCCUGGUUCCCAGGAGCCCCACCCCCAGGACUGGGGUUCCCCCCUACGCCAGCACCAGGCCCUUGGAGACCAAAUGAGCUAGUCCCUGCGGAGCUCCCCCCGUCGUAUGAGCAAGUCAUAAAAGAAAUCAACCAAGUUCAAGUUAAUACUACAAACAAUAACAAUGCUGCUGCCACGCCGCGGAGCACUAGCACGUCUGCCACUCAGACCGACUUUCCAGAAGAAAUAGACAACAGUCUGCCUCAAACACUACAGGCUUCUCGACAGCCUUCCCCGGCAGCCUCGCCCACCCAUCUCCAGACCAACACGGCCCCUCUAAUAGUCUUCGAUACUCCUGAGGAACAGAACUGUCCGGGAAACCCCAGUGCUACAAGAUGCCCAGUGCCAAGGCCAAGAUCAAAAAACAACCUCAGACCAGCAGCCAGAGAUCCUAACGUUAGAGAAAAAAGUCACCAGAAAAACAGCCCGGUGGUCCCAGAAGAGGUGUCAUUAUUCCCAGGCUGGUCCUCAUCUCUGCUGGACAGAACCGACUUGGACGGUCAGGCGGUGAUGUACACUAUGAACCCAGAACAAAGCCAAACCAGUAUUGUUUCGAGGGUCAAAGCAUUUGAGGGUCAGAGCAAUGCAGAAACCUCCCCGGCGCUGCCUAAGAAACCCGAAAUCACCCCCCGCACACUCCCUCCAAAGCCAGCCGUCUCCUCAGGAAAACCCUGCGUGGCCCCCAAACCAGCUGCUGGCACAGCUCCGGGAGACUGGGACACUUGGACUGAAAACAGACUCCAGGUGACCUCCAGGGUAGGGCUCCCCCCAUACUCGUCACCACAAGAAGCAGGAAACAUCCCCGUAACCAAACCCGAAUUGCCAAAGAAACCAACUCCUGGCCUUAUUCGAAGUGGUGGUAAUCAUGAGAUUUUGGGUGGGGGCCUCAUGGCUGAGAGCGCCGGCGUUGGGAAGAAAGUCCCAACCCCCGCCCCUCGGCCUUUGCUGCCCAAGAAAUCAGUUUCCUCUGAAAACCCCACCUGCCCUUCAGCGCCUCCAAAACCCGGCCCCGUUCCUCCCGCACUCUUGCUGGCAACACAAGCCAAAGCUUUCAGGUCAGCGGGAGAAGGAGCCCUGGCCGGUGCUCCCGCCCCAGCUCUGCCAAGCCGGCCCCUGGGCGACAUUGACCUCAUCAGCUUCGAUGACGAUGUUCUGCCCGCCUCACCCGGGAACCCGGCUGAAGAAGCUGUCGGUUCAGAAAUGGUUCUAGAUCCCUUUCAGCUCCCCACAAAAGCAGAAGCAACAAAAGAAAGGGCAGUUCAACCAGCAAUCACCAGGAAGCCGACUGUCAUUCGGAUUCCUGCCAAACCAGGAAAAUGUUUACUUGAGGAACCACAAAACCCACCUCCACUCCCUGCUGAAAAGCCUAUUGGAAAUACAUACAGUGCAGUGUCUGCAAAACUCAGUAAUGCCGACAGAAGUAGAAACGCGGACUCUGACCAUGCCAGUGAAUCAGGAGGUUUUGUGCGAGGACCCCCAAGGUUGCCACCAAGACCUGCAAAUGGCAAAGCCAUUCCAACUCGACGACCUCCUCCCAAAGGAGCCCCCGAGAGACCACCUCCCCCCAAACUUCCUGCCACCAAAACAGCAAAUAAAAAACUGCCUUUUAGUCGCUCGUCCUCUGAAAUGGAUCUUCAGAGAAAACAAAGUCACCUGGCGUCUGGCCUCUCGAAAGCCAAGAGUCAAGUCUUCAAAAGCCAGGAUCCGGUGCUACCGCCUCGCCCCAAACCAGGACACCCUCUUUACAAGAAAUACAUGCGUGGGGAUGUACCUGCGAUGCUGAAGCAGGCAGAAAAUAAUGACGUGGAAUGCCAAAGGGGAGAAGGCCCUGGCAGAGUUCACCUGUCUGAGAUGAAAAUGAUCACUCUUCUUGAUGAACAGCUUAGGAGCAGAUCCGAAGAGUCGGGCCAGGCCCAGAAGCCCGUUGGCAGUAGUGCUCCUCAUGCCGUCGUCCUUCAUGAUUUCCCAGCAGAACAAGUUGAUGAUUUGAACCUCACGUCUGGAGAAGUUGUUUAUCUUCUUGAGAAAAUAGAUACAGAAUGGUACAGGGGGAAAUGUAGAAACCAGACUGGUGUAUUUCCUGCCAACUAUGUCAGAGUAAUUGUUGAUAUUCCAGAAGGAGGAAAUGGGAAAAGAGAAUUGGGGUCGUCUCAAUGCGUUAAAGGCCCAAGAUGUGUCGCUCGGUUUGAAUAUAUUGGAGAUCAGAAGGAUGAGUUAAGUUUCUCAGAGGGAGAAGUUAUCGUUCUCAAGGAGUAUGUGAAUGAGGAGUGGGCGAGAGGAGACGUUGGAGACAGAACUGGGAUCUUCCCCCUGAACUUCGUGGAGCUCCUUGAGGAUGUUCCCCCUCCUGCUGCAAGUGUUUCGAGCACAAAGGUACCACCGAAGACCAAAAAAGAAGCUUCUGGCUCAAAUUCUCAGGAUAACAAUCUUUCUGAAGAAUGGUGCAAAGCUCUCCACAGUUUCACCGCUGAGACCAGCGAUGACUUAGCCUUCCAGCGUGGGGACCGGAUUCUGAUCCUGGAACGUCUGGAUGCCGACUGGUACCGCGGCCGGCUGCGUGACAGGGAGGGGAUCUUCCCCGCCGCCUUUGUGCAGCACUGUGCAGCUGAGGCAAAAAACGUGUGUGCCACAGGACUGAAGGCGAGGAAGGCCAAAGCCUUGUAUGACUUCCACGGAGAGAACGAAGACGAGCUCUCCUUCAAGGCUGGAGAUAUAAUCACGGGGCUGGAAUCUGUGAAUGACGAUUGGAUGAGUGGAGAACUGCUGGGAAAAUCCGGGAUCUUUCCCAAAAACUACAUCCAGUUCCUACCGGUCGGCUAAAGGCGAAGCGCGGCGCUUCCUGGACGCGAGACUCCACUUGAACUGUCUCACGCUGACUAUCAGAUUUGUUUUUGCACUAUCCUUUUUUUUUUUUUAACAGAAAAGAGAAAUAUCUUAAGGUGUCCAUGGUACAGGAGAAUUUUCUGGAAGCAGAAACCUUGAUUUUUGUAGUUAGCAUUGUGGCAGUGUGUACGUGGAAACCAUGCGGGAAGAAUCUAGAAAGCGGACUCUCGGCUGGGGUUAGCAGGGCGGAUGCACCCCCCCCCCCCCCCGGGA